AUGAAAUAUCUGAAAUGCCUCUCGCAUUAUAUAAGUCGUCGAUUUAUUCAAUUUAUAGAGGAUCUUGGGGUCAGAGAUGCUGAUAGAUACUCAGAUGAUUUGCUGGUCAUUUCUGCGGGACAGCAUUUAAGAUCAUUGAGACACGGCAUUUGUAAAUCAUUUUCUGAAGGUUGUUCAUCAUCUUCAAAACCUUGUAACCCUGAAACCUGUGAAAGAAGAGCCUCAGAGCCUAUGGAAGAUACAAGAUCUGAAAUUGUUGACACUACCAUUACACGGUUUACAAUUUGCUCGGAGAUUGGCAAUUUCUUGGAGAAGUUCUGUCAUAAAACAUUGCAAGGUUCAUCUGACGAUAUUGGAUGGUUGCCGCGCACUCCUGGCAUGCCCGGUGUGGAGGAUGGUACAGCAAGAUUCUUGGAGAUGCUUGCAGGAAUAAGGAAUGGGGAGCACACAUUGCCUGGCUCAUUUGUCUAUCUGCUUAUUCCGGCUUGCCAUAUUGCAAAAAUUCACAGUGAGGCAUCUGUUGAGCACAAUGCAUGGGAACUCAAGCAAUACACUGAGGAGCUUUACUGGGGAUCCGGUAAGCGUGUGAUGCUGCUGGGGCACAGCAAGGGCAGCGUUGAUGCUGCAGCUGCAUUGUCAAUCUACUGGUGUGAUUUGAAAGACAAAGUUGCUAAUUUAGCACUGAUUGCGGACAAAGAAACCCGCAGGAUCAUGAAGCUUUUGAUAUGCAAGCUAAUUAAGGGUGACAUUCGGGCACUGGAGGAUCUUACUUAUGAGAAGCGAAAGGAGUUCAUCAUGAAGCACAAGCUGCCAUAUGAGCAAAUUCCUCUGGUUUCCUUCCACUCUAAGGCAAGUGUAGCCCCCUGUAUAGAGUAUAGCCGCGCGGCUACACUAUUUAUUAAAUAA